AUUUGAUAAAGUUUUUGUUUUUAAUUAAUUAUCUCAAUAAUUAUUUUUUAAAUUUAGUAAAGACACAGUUCAAAGUAACUUAUUUCCUGUGCUGUCAUGGAAGGUUUAUUCAGCUUUCUCAGAAGCCGUCCGGUUUUUUGGACAAGUGUUGCCGGCACAACGGUGGGAGUAGCAUGUUUUGUUAAAGAUAUGAUGCAAGGUGGCAAAUUUACAAAGCCCACAAGAGCCGAUGGUAAAGUCAUUAUUGUUACUGGUUCCAAUACCGGUAUUGGUAAGGAAACCGUACGAGAAUUGGCAAAGAGGGGAGCAACAGUUUACAUGGCUUGCCGAGAUAUGAAGAAAUGUGAAGAGGCUCGAGAGGAAAUUGUUUUGGAAACCAAGAAUAAAUAUGUCUAUUGCCGUGAAUGUGAUCUAGCUUCCCUGGAAUCGAUUAGACAAUUUGCUGAGGCAUUUAAAGCGGAGCAAAAACGCUUAGAUAUUUUAAUUAACAAUGCCGGUGUAAUGCGUUGUCCUCGCUCUCUAACCAAGGAAGGUUUUGAACUGCAAUUGGGUGUCAAUCAUAUGGGUCAUUUCCUCUUAACAAAUCUUCUCCUGGAUGAACUUAAGAAAUCCGCUCCCAGCCGUAUUGUUGUACUUUCCAGUAUGGCACAUACCCGCGGAGAAAUCAAUGUUGGUGAUCUGAACAGUGAAAAAUCAUAUGACGAAGGCAAGGCAUACAAUCAAAGUAAAUUGGCAAAUAUUUUGUUCACCCGAGAAUUGGCAAGAAGACUUGAAGGUACUGGUGUCACCGUCAAUGCACUCCAUCCAGGUGUUGUGGAUACUGAGCUUUUCCGACACAUGGGCUUCUUUAAUUCAUUCUUUGCAAGCUUGAUAUUUAAGCCGUUGUCCUGGCCCUUCCUUAAGUCACCCAAAAACGGAGCCCAAACUACCUUAUACGCCGCUCUGGAUGAAGACUUAGCUACUGUAAGCGGUAAAUACUUCAGUGACUGUAACAUUAAAGAUGUGGCACCACAGGCUAAGGAUGAUGCAUUAGCAAAAUGGCUCUGGGCUGUUAGCGAAAAGUGGACAAGGUUAACCAAAUAAAGUGUUGAAACGCUAUAUAA